UCCCAGCCCAGCAGAACGCUUCCACUGGGUCGGCUCGGGUCCGGACCGGGUUCUGACCGCCCUGUGAGUGGAUCCGCGGCUCCGCGGCGCUUUGGGGAGAUUUUACGCGCAGCUUUCUGUUUCAAAGCGGAGAAACUUUCAAACCUACGGGGGAAAGUUUUCACUUGGAGGAAACCGAACCGAUCCUCCUUCCUCGGAGUCGCUGCUGUGAACCCAGCCUGUCGGAACCGGGAUAUGUGUGUGAGCGGGUCGGAGAGGCGCGCCGGGCUGCGGGUCUGGGCUCCGCUGCUCGCCGCGCUGCUGUGGGCCGCCGCGGCGCAUGGAUGCCCACACAAGUGCAGCUGCUCCGGGUCGCAUGUGGACUGCCAGGGUCUGGGUCUGAAGACGGUACCCAAAGGAGUCCCGCGGAGCGCAGAGCGCCUGGAUUUAAACAAAAACAACAUCACCAGAAUCACUAAAGUGGACUUUUCUGGACUGAAGAACCUCAGGAUUCUCCACCUGGAGGACAACCAGAUCAGCGUCUUGGAGAGAGGAGCCUUCCAGGACCUCAGGCUGCUGGAGAGGCUACGCCUGAACAGAAACAAGCUGCAGUUCCUCCCAGAGCUUCUGUUCCAGUCCAACCCCAAACUGGGCCGAGUGGAUCUCAGUGAGAAUCAGAUCCAGGCCGUUCCACGGAAAGCUUUCAGAGGAAUCACCAACGUGAAGAACCUGUGAAUGAGUGAAAACCACAUUGUCUGCAUUGAAGAGUGAUUAUUCACCGUCCUGUCUCUUCUGUCCUGCAGCACCCUCAACAACAACAACAUCACCCUCAUCCCGCUGUCCAGCUUCAAUCACAUGCCCAAGCUCCGGACGCUCCGUCUGCACUCCAACAGCCUCCACUGCGACUGCCACCUGGCCUGGCUCUCUGAUUGGCUGAGGGCCCGGCGGGGCUUGGCCCCCUUCACGCAGUGCAUGUCCCCGGCCCACAUGAGGGGCCUCAAUGUCCCCGACAUCCAGAAGAAGGACUUCAUCUGCAACGGUCCGGCGCAGACGGAGCUGAGGGCGUGUGCUCCUCAGGUCGCAGUCUGUCCCCCCAGCUGCAGCUGCAACAACAACAUCGUGGACUGCCGACGGAAAGGCCUGGCGGAGAUCCCAGCCAACCUCCCAGAGGGCAUCGUGGAAAUCCGUUUGGAGCAGAACCUGAUCAAAAGCGUCCCGACAGGAGCGUUUACAGCCUACAAAAAGCUGAAGAGAAUAGACCUGAGCAAGAACCAGAUCUCCGACGUGGCGGCGGACGCCUUCAGCGGACUGCGGUCGCUUACUUCACUGGUUCUGUACGGCAACAAGAUCGCUGAGCUACCUAAAGGAAUAUUUGAUGGACUUUCUUCCCUGCAGCUACUAUUACUGAACGCCAACAAGAUCAACUGUCUGAGAGUGAACGCCUUCCAGGACCUGCAGAACCUGAACCUCCUGUCUCUGUAUGACAACAAGCUGCAGAGCAUCAGUAAAGGCCUCUUCGCUCCGCUGCGCUCCAUCAAGACUCUACACCUGGCCCAGAAUCCCUUCAUGUGCGACUGUCACCUGAAGUGGUUGGCCGACUUCCUGUUCGACAAUCCCAUCGAGACCAGCGGCGCACGCUGCAGCCACCCGCGCCGCCUGGCCAACAAACGCAUCAGCCAGGUCAAGGGCAAGAAGUUCAGGUGCACAGGUCAGGAGGACUACCGCAGCCGGCUGAGUGGGGAGUGUUUCCAGGAUCUGGUGUGUCCGGAGAAAUGUCGCUGUGAAGGCACCGUGGUGGACUGUUCCAACCUCAAACUGACCCGGAUUCCUCCGCACAUCCCUGAACACACCACCGACCUGCGGCUAAACGACAAUGAAAUCUCCGUCCUGGAAGCUGCUGGGACGUUCAGGAAGCUGCCCAGCCUCAAGAAAAUAAACCUGAGCAACAACAAGCUGAGAGAUCUGAGAGAGGGCGUCUUCGACGGCGCGGUCGGCGUCCUGGAGCUGCUGCUAACCGGGAACAAGCUAACCACGCUGCAGGGACGCAUGUUCAGGGGCCUGAGCGGCCUCAAGACCCUCAUGCUGCGCAGCAACCAGAUCAGCUGCAUCGAUAACAGCACCUUCAGCGGCCUCAGCUCAGUGCGCCUCCUCUCCCUAUACGACAACCGGAUCUCCAGCAUCGCCCCGGGGGCCUUCGCCACCUUGCACUCGCUCUCCACCAUUAACCUGCUGUCCAACCCGUACCUGUGCGACUGCCACCUGGCCUGGCUUGGCCAGUGGCUGAAGAAGACCCGGGUGGUGAGCGGGAACCCGCGGUGCCAGAGGCCCGGCUUCCUGAAGGAGAUCCCCAUCCAGGACGUAGCCACACCCGACUUCACCUGCGACGGUGCCGAGGAAAAUGGCUGCCUCCCUGCGUCUGGUUGCCCUGACGUCUGCACAUGCUCAGACAGAGUGGUGCGCUGCAGCAACCGCGGCCUGCACGCGCUGCCCAAGGGCAUCCCCAAGGACACCACGGAGCUGUACCUGGAGGGGAACCAGCUGUCGUCGGUUCCGAAGGAGCUGGCCGCCCUGAAGCAGCUCUCCCUGGUGGAUUUGAGCAACAACAGCAUCAGCACAGUGGCUCCCUUCACCUUCAGCAACAUGACCCAGCUGGCCACGCUGAUCCUGAGCUACAACCAGAUCCGCUGCAUCCCGCUGCACGCCUUCGACGGACUGCGAUCGCUGCGCCUGCUGACUCUCCAUGGAAACGACCUUUCAACCAUCCCCGAAGGCGCCUUCGGCCACCUCAGCUCCCUGUCCCACCUGGCCCUCGGCGCCAACCCGCUGUACUGUAACUGCGACCUGCGCUGGCUGUCUCAGUGGGUCAAGGCCGGCUUCAAGGAACCCGGCAUCGCUCGCUGUGCCGGACCUGCAGACAUGGCCGACAGGCUGCUGCUCACCACGCCGCUCAACAGGUUCCAGUGUAAAGGUCCUGUGGACAUCAGCCUGAUGUCGAAGUGCGCCCCCUGCCUGUCGGCUCCCUGCAGGAACAACGGCACCUGCGCCUCUGGCGCUGCAGGCUCCUACCACUGCGCCUGUCCGUUCGGGUUCAAGGUGAGAAGCUGUUAUGUGUGUGUGCAUGUGUGUGUGUGUGCGCGCGUGUGUGUGUGCGUGUGUGUGUGUAGCUGUGUGUGUCCGCCAGGCUUUGAGGGUCCGCGCUGUGAGAUAAAUCCUGACGAUUGCGACGACAACGACUGUGAGAACAACUCCACCUGCAUCGACGGCGUCAACAACUACACCUGUCUGUGCCCCCCCAACUACAGCGGUGACCUGUGUGACGAGGUGGUGGACCCGUGUCUCGCCGGCUUCGACCCGUGUCGGCACGACUCCAAGUGCGUCCAAGUCGGCCGCGGCUACAGGUGCGAGUGUCCGCCGGGCUUCGUGGGCCAGCGCUGCGAGCUGGACUACAACGACUGUCUGGAGAACAAAUGCCAGCAUGGAGCCGAGUGCGUGGACGCCGUCAACGGAUACACCUGCGUCUGCAAGGAGGGCUUCAGUGGGCUGUUCUGUGAGAACCCUCCACCAAUGAUCUUGCUGCAGACCAGCCCCUGCGACCAAUCAGAGUGCCAGAACGGCGCCCAGUGCCUGGUGGUUGCCGGGGAACCCAUCUGCCGCUGCAUACCUGGUUACUACGGCAACAAGUGCGACAAAAUCUCCACGGUCCACUUCCUGGGUCGGGACGGGUUCGUGGAGCUGCACGGCACCAAGCUGCGACCGACGGCACAUAUUUCACUGCAGGUGGCCACUGAGAAGGACAACGGCGUCCUGCUGUAUAAGGACGACCUGGACCCGCUGGCGCUGGAGCUGUACCAGGGACACAUCCGCCUCAUUUAUGACAUCACCAACUACCCGCCCACCACCGUCUACAGCGUGGAGUCUGUCAGCGACGGACUCUUCCACACCGUAGAGCUGCUGAUCCAGAACCGCUCACUCAGCCUGGUGGUGGACAACGGCGCCCCCAAGAGUCUGGGCAAGCUGGGCCGCCAGCCCUCCGUCGACCACAACACCCAGCUCUACAUCGGCGGAGUGCCCCCCCUGGUGGCCGCCUCAGGGCUGCGUCCCGGCCCGGACCGUCCUCCUCCGGGUUUCGACGGCUGCAUCCACAAGGUUCGGAUCAACGGAGAGAUGCAGGACCUGACCUUCAGAACCGCAGCAGAACCGCCGGGCAAGGGCCCGGCGGUUCUGGUCGGGUGCCACGCCUGCAGCGUGUGCGCAGCUGGAGCCUGCAGGGAGGGAGGUCAGACCGGGGUCACCUGCAGCUGCCCUCCGGGCCGGAUGGGGGCGCUGUGUGACGAGACGGCGGCCAGCGACCCGUGUCAGAACAUCAGGUGUGUCCAUGGUACCUGCGUUGCCACGGCGCAGGCCUACAGCUGCCGCUGCGCUGACGGCUACCAGGGCCCGACCUGCGACCGCCCCGCCUGCAGCUGCGCCCAUGGAGAGUGCCGGACGUCCGAGUCCGGGGUUCUGGUCUGCCACUGCGAGCCGGGCUUCACCGGACCCACCUGCAACACAGAGCUGCGCUGCCAGGGCGAGACGCUGCGGGAGCAGCUGAAGCGGCACCAGGCCAUGCGGACCUGCACCUCCACCAGCAGGGUGCCGCGCGUGGCGUGUCCCCGGUCCUGCCAGGCGGCGGCGCCGCCCGGCGUCUGCUGCGGCGUCACCAAGACGCGCCGGCGGAAGGUGGCGUUCCGCUGCACGGACGGGUCGUCGUACUCGGAGGAGCUGGAGACGGCCCUGGAGUGCGGCUGCGGCCGGUGCCCGCUGUAGGCCCCGCCCACCAGACGUAGGCCCCGCCCCUAGCUGCAGGCCCCGCCCAUCAGAGGAGCGGCCCUGGAUGAGCAGAACAGACACUCAGAGAAAAUAUAUUGUAAAAUAUAUGUGAGAAACAUAGAACUUAUUUUUAUUAUGGAUUUUUCUAAGAUGAUAAAAGGACUCAUAAGUUGUUUUUAAUGUUUCAUAGUAUAAAAAUAUUUUCUACCUUUGUAAUAAACUAGAUUAACAUUCCUUAAAGAAUCUGAAUUUAAAAGUUUUAAUGUAAAUCUUUAUAAAUAUUUCCUCUAACCAA